UGACAGUACUGAGAUACCAUCCCUUAAAGAUACUUCGUUACUGGAGAGAUUUUUCACCUGAACAGGAGCUCUGGAGGAUUCGCCAAGUUAUGCGUAAAAAAGCGCACCGUCGUGACGCAGCGUCACCGUUUUGGAUGUAGAGCGCUCCCUGAAAAAAAAACCCGAGCUGGCAGUUGAUUUAUGAACACAAUCUUGUCGCAAUGAGGAUUAUAAAUGUCAUGAGGAUUUUGUGGGUCUUUGUACUAUGCUUCCUUUAUUUAUCAGACGCCGUGAUCGACUUGACCAUGAUCUCCACAGCCGCGGUCACCAACGUCAAUCAUUUCACCAUCACCUGUAUCAGUGGAGAGCGCAGCCCUGCCCAGGUCGAGCUGGACAUCAAGAGAGACAACAAAAUCCUUGUGUUUCCCAAGAAGCCAAAUUUUAAAGUGCAUAAGCCCAGGAACAAGGAAGCUGUGGCCAGAGACUUCCGUGAUUUAGAUAAUAUUGGUAUCUUCUACUGUGAAUCCACUCAGGAAGUCCCCCCACUUGAGAUGAUCACCAUGAUUAACAACUUUGGCAGAGCUAAUUUUAUUCCAAAUUACCUUACACUGACGGCUAACAGAGGAGAGACAGUUCACCUCAACAUGGAGCUAAUCAGCUCCCAAAAGAGAGAUGUGACCUGGAAGUACAACGGAAACUACUAUUAUAUGACUCACUGGAACGAUAUGAUCAAUCGCACUGCUGUACUGACUGUGGAGGAUGCAAAGUAUGCCAAUCAAGGCAUCUACAGUGCCAGCUAUGUUGGGGACAGCCCCCUCCAGGGUGCCUGGAUGAGGCUCAUUGUCAGAGACUGUCCUAGUAAGAAGUGGGGUCCAAACUGUGGCAGGGACUGUCCAAAUUGUCUCAACGGCGGAGUGUGUCAUGACGUGGAUGGAGACUGCAUCUGUCCUCCAGGAUUCAUGGGAACACGCUGUGAGACAGCCUGCAGAGAAGGAAUGUUUGGUCGAAACUGCCAGGAGUCCUGUGAGUCCUAUGGCUCCGAGGCAAGGUGCAGGGGGCUUCGUUUCUGCCUACCAGACCCUUACGGCUGCUCAUGUGCCAGCGGCUGGUUAGGGAGCCGCUGUGACAGUCCCUGUCAUAAUGACAUGUAUGGACCAGACUGCAGAUUGAGCUGUGAAUGUCAGAAUGGAGGAGUCUGUAACCGUUUCAGUGGAUGCCAGUGUCCCACAGGGUGGAGAGGGCAGAACUGUGAGAAGUCUGACCGGGCUCCCCAGAUUUUGGACUUGGACAGUAACUUGGAGUGGAAUCUGAACUCCAGCCCCAAGAUCUCGUGUUCAGCCACAGGAAACCCGCUGCCCAGUCACGACAGCAUUGAGCUGCGAAAGCUGGACAGCACUGUGCUUAAGGCCUCUCGUACCGUCAUGGACUCCAAUAAGAGCACAGCAACGUUUGAGCUCCCUCCUCUGACCCCUCAGCAAGGAGGAUUGUGGGAGUGCAGGGUGUCCACCAACGGAGGCCAGGACUCCCGCAAGUUCAACCUCACUGUUAAAGAGCCCCCGGUGCCCACUUCUGCUCCCACACUGCUGGAAAAGAAGAGCAAGCAGCUGCGGGUGAUGCCGGUUGUCUCCCACAGAGGAGACGGUCCCAUCGUCUCCACCAGGCUCCUCUACAAGCCUGUGGGGAACGGAAACUCCUGGUCCUCCAUCAUAGUUUAUAGUGACAAAGAGCCCAUCACACUGAUGAACCUGGAGCCUUCAACGCGCUAUCGUGUCCGUGUCCAGCUGAGCCGUCCUGGAGAACAAGGAGAGGGAGCCGAGGGGCCUGAGGCCAUCAUGGAGACCGACUGCCUGGGUAAGACCCACAGAUAA